CCUCCUCGACGCUCUCCGACGUUAAAACGACUCGUCGCUCGACAUUUCGGGCCACUGCAUCAUCAGCGCUGACGUGGAAACUACGUGAGCGCGGACACACGGCGUCCACCCACGCUGUCACCGGUGACGAGUCACACGACGUCAAAAAAAGUUCGGUAGUCGACCAUGGAAACCUCAGUAUCGUCUCAGCUGGACAGCAGUUUGAAUGACUCGGUCACAGAUGGAGAAGAUAACCAAAGUGAAACUAGUCCGUCUCCUGCAGACCGUGAUCAGGUGUCGCUUGCUGCAGAGUCUUCUGGUGUGACUGUUGUCCAGCUGUCUGAUGGUCAGACGGUGCAGGUUCAAGGAGUCAUCCAGGCCCCUCAGACGUCGGUUAUACAGUCACCACAAGUCCAGACCGUCCAGAUUGCCACCGUUGCAGACCUGGAGGAAGAUGAGACGGUUGCAGACAUACAGAAGAGACGGGAGAUCCUCACCAGGCGUCCGUCCUAUCGAAAAAUUCUUAACGAGCUUUCGUCGGAUUCGCCGGCAGUUCCUAAAAUUGACGAGGAAAACACAGAAGAUGAACCACAGCCGAUCUCCAGCACCACGUCGGCAUCGGCACCGACGUCCAUCUACCAGACCAGCUCUGGACAGUACAUUGCGAUCAGCCAGGGCAGAGCCAUCCAGUUGACCAACCCAGGAGUCGAAGCCCUCCACGGGGCCCAGACCCUGACGAUGACCAGCUCUGCUGCCCCACAGCCUGGAGCCACCAUCCUGCAGUGUGCAGCUCAGCCAGGAGACUCCCCACAGCAGUUCUACCUCCAGGGAGGACAGAUGCUCAUCCAAGCUGCCACAGGAGACAUCCCCGCGUACCAGCUGCGUUCGCCCAACUCGGGCCUGGCUCAGAGCAUCGUGAUGGCGGCGUCUCCGGGCGGCAUGCAGAGCCCGUCGUCGCAGCAUGCCGAAGAAAUCACCCGCAAGAGGGAGGUCAGACUGAUGAAGAACAGGGAAGCAGCUCGCGAGUGCCGCAGGAAAAAGAAGGAGUAUGUCAAGUGUCUGGAAAACCGCGUAGCCGUGCUGGAAAACCAAAACAAGACGCUGAUUGAAGAGCUGAAAGCACUGAAGGACAUUUACUGCCACAAAGCCGAGUAGCAGCGGUUUGCUUGUGGUCACGGGCUGAAGACAGUUUACAAACUGUGGCAGCGGAAAAGCAAAAAAAAAAAAAAAACGAAAAAAGAAAGAAGACUCUGGAACAAAAACUGCUUUGACCAUCUUUGUUUCUCUGCUCAUUCAGACCUGAUUUACGCCAAAAUUCAGAAGUGUCGUGGGGAUUUCGAACAGCUUGCCAGUUUUUGCUCUCGUUCUUAUCUUGUGCUCUUUGCAUGACUCGAGUGUUAAACGCACUGCGCUUGCUGUUGCUGUUGUGCACGAGGCGAGGCCAGCCAAUGAGAGCCAGCCGAAGAAGUAGUAGAAGAAGAAGAAGCACAGGAAGAGCAAAUGCAGAUGCUUCCUGAAAAUGUGCCGCCGCUCGACUACAGCGAAAAAAACAAGUUUCCAGAUGAGGUGCACACGAAGCUCCGCAGAUCCACCAGCAGCUGCAACAAGGCAACUCCAACCAUGUUUACCUGAUGUCGUUUGUGUUAUUUACGCUUGUGUUUGGUCGUUGCAUUCCUUCACGUGGAAACUAUUUGGGGAGAAAUUUCAUCAAGCGUUUAGUCAGUGAAGUGAUUUCCUGGAUUUCCUAAUUUUCAGUUUGUUGAACAGUCGCAAACAAGCAAAAUAGAAGAAUUCGACAUGAAAAUCCUAUUUAUGUUUGACAUUUAUGCACAUGGUGAAUUAAUUAUUUGAAUCGAGUAAGCAAAGGUAUUUUUAUUUUUUCAUUACUGAAGUAAAUUAAUCAUGAAACGGACGAACACAGCUGUUCUUUAGUCAAAGCACAGAGUAUAUGGAGUGUCAGUACGGAUGAUAUUUAAUUUUCUAUUCACAAAUAUACGAACAACUUCACUCGAAAACUUAAUAUAUAUUCUACCAAACAAAUGUUACCUACUGAGUAGUCAUAUGAAGAGAUGCUUUGCUUGUUAUAUCUUGAAAAACAACAAAUUUAUAGAUGGAUAUUUUACAUUGAUGCACAGCUCCAAGAAUAAGAGUUUUGCUUUCCUGGCGAGCAUCACGUUUGUUUUAGAAAUGACGGAUAUCCACUUUUGAAUUAAACUGUAUUUGAUUACGGCUUGAUAUUAAAAUGCUCUGUUUAAAGGGUGAUGCCAAUUUCUUUACUCUUUGUUUUUGUAAAGACGUUUUAUUUUAAAUAUAAAUAUAUACAUAUAUAAUAUAUCGACUUGUGUUCAUGUUUCUGGUGAUAUUGGAAAAUGCUCGCUUUCUCUGUUUCUGUUGAUGUAGAUGUUGAGUUUUGUUCCGGUGAUUCUGUUUAAUUAACAUGUUUUAUUUUCUUUUCAGCACGUAGAAAAGAGUAACAGACCCUGACGUUCGUUACGCUUCGGCUGCCAAAGCUUUUUAAGAAACAGUUUGGUAUUUAUCUGCUGUUUAGCUCAAUGGCAACAGUGUGAGUCAUCCUGUCUGCAGUCUCCAUAUUUACCAGCCAAAUACAUGUCGUGGUUAGGAUUCUCAGAGGAGCACCCGUUCUAUUCAAGUUUAGAAAAACGCGCGUGACGCUAACAUUCAGGUUUUCUUCGAUAUCCGGUGAGGUGAAUUUUGUUUCUGCAGUUAGUUUUUGCUGUUUUAAAUGGCUCCAAAUUUUACCAGGUGUUUUCUUCUCCGUGUACUUCUUCAUUUGAAUUGUAAAACUAUUUUUUGUUUAUCUAAUAAAACAAUCAAAUUUGA